AACUAAAGAUUUUGUAAAAAUCGAUAAAUGGGCUACAUCUUUAUAAAAGUGUUAAAACAGAAACCACGGAAAAGAAAUUUGUGCUGUGGUAAAAAAAAGUUUUUACUGUGUAAACUAUACAAAAACGCAUAAAGCAAAUUUCUUUUGCAAAGAAAUUUCAAUAUGGAUUUGUAAACUACAAGAAGUUGCAAGUCCACAAUAGCAAGUUAAAGCAGGCAAUCUCGAAAAGUUUUUUGCAUCUGAAGAGCGCUGUUGCGACCACAAUUGGCUGCCCGUCGAAACGCAUAUAGCGCUGCUACGCUCACCGGCUUUGCUGCAUGCUACUAUACGACUUGUAAACUAAAAUGAGUUCCGCCAUUGGAAAGCCUGCGGUUGCAACAACGACCACUACAGCUGCUCAGUUGCUCAGCUCUGCGCCCAGUGCAGCUGAGAAAAAUAAGCAAUGGCAGCGAGAACUGCUUAUGGAGCGUAUACGUUCGCGAUCCAAUCAACACAAAUCAUUUGCUGAAUUAUCAAAAGCCAUGCGUAUGUCCAUGCUAGAAAAACGAUAUGCCCUCGACGCUGUGGAAAAGGCUAAUUUGCAAAAAUGUCUCGAUAGCAUGCAGCAUUGCAUUAAAGUAACAUCAAGACAGGGUCUAGUUGAACGCCUCGAAAGCUUAUCACGACAGUUGGGGCUUAAAUUCAUGGAAGACACUUCAGGAUUAUUUAUUUCGACUGAUAUGUUCUUUUUGGAAAUCAUGUUAGAUACGAAUGGCGCACUCACCGAUGUGAAAGUGCAUCAUGAGUGUAAAAUUGAGCAGCAGUCGUGCAGUGAGUUAGUGAACUGUUUAAAUCGUGGUGACUUUGCUGAUUUUACGGUGCAACUGGAGGGUCUGUCCUCGAUCUAUCAAUUGAAUGCGGAACCAAAAGUCAAAACAAAGGCCUUUGUUGCAUUGCAAGCGAUGGAAACAGAUUUGUAUAAUCUUUUUCAAAUGCAAAACUUCACAAAAGACUCACAGCAUCUGGUCAAGGCAUCCUCAGUGGGUUUGGUGUUGAAGAGGCGUGGUGGUCAUCCCAUGAAACUCAUAUAUUUCGUCUCACCUUACGAUCUCAUAUCGCUGGAGUCUAAAUCAGUACAACAGCUCACCACUGAAUUGAUUACAGGCAAAGAUGUCGGCCUAAGUGUGACAGUGAAUUUGGAGGCCUCGUCAGCGAAUAAGUUACAAAUAUUGCCAAUUGUGAGCGUUACAAACGAUCCACAGACUGGUCUCGAAGUACCUAUAUAUGCGCCACUGACACAACAAAACUCAAUGCUUUUCCCUGCAACAUUUGUGCUGCGGCUAAAUAAACCACUACCAGUAUGUCAUGCUUCUUUGAGAGCACUAGGGAUCCCGUUGGGUGUUGCUUCAGAUACCACCAGUGGCAUUGAAUCGCCCAACAAAAAGGAAAUUGUUAUUUUACCCAUUAUGAAUUUGGUGGUACAGACGGCCUCCGAGCAACAGCUGAAAAAUUCGCAGAAGGGAUUGUUUGUGAAUUUGCCUGAUCAGACACACUGCUAUUUCUUCACUGAAAACAAACAAUUGCAGGCUACUUUAGUUUCAUCCAUUCCCUAUACCGAGCCCAUGCAAGUACCAAAAAUCUUAGAUUUUCUCAAACGGCAAGCCCUCUUCUAUACGCUUCUGGCUAGUUGUGUGCGUACACAGUCAAAAAUGGGAAAUGACAUGGAAUCCACUACAAUACUCGAGGUGAAUGCAAUCUCCUUCCAGCAGAUUAGCGUCUCGCUACAACACCCUUACGAGGAAUCUAUGGCUACCGUUGAGUUCGAUUUGCGCGAUGGCGAUGUAAAGUGUACAAUAUACUCACUCACUAACAACUACGACUUGCUGUCAUUGAAACUCACGAAGAUUGUGGAAAAGUGCUUGUCCAUACCGGUGACUAUACGUGCGCUACUAAAGUUCUGGGAUCAAGAAACGAUGAAAAUGUUUCAACGCAGCAUGGGCGGUGGCGUCGGGGGUGGAAUAGGCGGUUUGGGUGGCACGGGCGCUUGCGGUGGUACAGCCGCUGGUGGUUAUGGAAAUUUUAGUAUGGUUGUAGGACACAGCGACUCGGGCGGUGUUAGUGGAGUGCGGGGCGGUAAUGCCGUGAAAAUGGAACCUAAUACGAGGCAGCAGCAAAUGCCUACUAUGGCUUCUGCAUCGACACCAUUAAGUGGUGGUGGUGGUGGCGCAGCUUGUAGCAAUGCUGCUGGCGUUGCAGGCUUUCUGCAAUAUAAAACUGAAGUAAAGCAAGAGGAUUUUCAUGACAGCCCAAAGAGUCAAAUGCAAAAUAGCUUAGCGCUGCAUGCUGUGGAGAGCAGCUCUUUGGGCGGCUUACACCACUUGCAGCAAUCUCAGUUGCAGCUGCAACAUCAACAACAAGCAACGUUGCAUGACCAAAUAGGUGCCGGUAAGCAAUCUGAGAUAGAAAUCGCAGAUAAGUACAAGAACAUUUGGAUGGAUAAGACGACGAACCUAAAGAACUGCGUUAGCAUAACACCGAUUUCGCCGGAUAGUAAUAGUAGAGGCGCACAGCAACAGCAGCAGGGUGUCGACGUAAAACGCGCAGUAGGCAUUGAAAUCAUACCUUUAACGACACAAGGGAGUGCUGCAAAUGGCGGGAAUGGCAGUGGCGGUACUGCAACACUCUCUAGCGCUCCAACUAUACCCCAAUCCGCCGUUAACACCUCAUCCACCAUUACUAUAACGCCCAUAAAUGCUGUUGGCAGCAACAGCAUUGCUGGAAAAGAUAAGAAAUCCAACAGCGGUACCUCCGUAGUUUGCGCUAGCGGCUUAACCUCAAGCACCGGAAUGUCGGCGAUCGCCACCAACAAACGCCAAUUGGAUGGACCAUCCCCCACCGAUUCGCAAAAGGAGAAGAAGCGCAAAAAGAAGCGUGACGAUUCGCCGAUGGGACCGCCAGAAAAAGUGUAUUCGCGACAAAACUCACCGGCUGCCACUAGCGACGCCACCGCAACAGUAGUGGCGCGUAAAUUUUCAUCGCCUUCCUCUUCACCCAAAGGUGGCAGUGGCGGUGGCAUGUUAGGUAGUGGCAGUGCAGCUGCCACCCUGGUAGCUGCCGGCAAUGCUGCCUUGCUCUCCACACGCCCCAGCCCGAAACAUUCGCCCGUCUAUAGCAGUCCGAAGCACACAAAUACCGCAUCGAAUAGCCCGAAGUCACCAUUCGGCACACACUCACCGAAGCAUGGUUCAUCAGGCAAGCCAAGUAUGUCCACACUAAAAAGUGCCACUGCAACCAGUCUAAGUCCGAAAGGUGACAAAAGCGGUUGUGGCAGCGGCAGUAGCUUAGUUGGCUCUGCAGUAGGACUUUCAGCGGCAGCUGCGGCAGGUGUAGCGGCCGCAAAUGCAGUGAAGUCUGCUAUGGGCGUUGGCGUGGGCGUGGUGGGGAUGCAACAGAUGAAGACAAUGAAUCAUUUAUCUGCUCCAACGGGCAUGAAUGCCGCCUCCGGUGUCUAUGGCGGAGUUUCGAAUAUGACUGGCAAUGUGAGUGGCAGCAGUGGUGUUGGUGUUGGCGGUGGUGUCGGCCCGUUGAUGGGCGGUAAUGGGACGGGGAGCAGCAUGGAUAUUAAUACGGCAGCAUCUCAGGCGGCAGCUAUGCGCAAAGUAGUCGGUGGCGCGGUUAGUUCGAUGGUGUCAAUGACAUCAGUCGAACCAACAACAGCAACACAAGCGGUCCCGGCAGUGGCGCCACACUCGCCGCUGGCCAUUGGCAGCAGUGAGUCCAAAGUUUGCGAAGAACAGGCCGAGUCAACACUGCAGCAAUCCAGUUCUUCUGAAUAUAUGGUGAAGACGAGUCAAGAGGGCUUAAAGCUCACUAUCAACAAGACAAGCAGCGGUGGUGGCAAAUCUAGCAUAGGUGGCAGUAGUAGCAACACUAACAACAGCGGUUGCAAUAGCAGUCUGGGUGGUGGCAUUUCAGCAGGCAGCAGCACUACUACGUCUUCUUCUGAAACAGCCGCAACGAAGGGUGCCAAAUCAAGCAGCGUCACUAGCGCUACAAAUGCAACUGGCAAGAAACAACACACUGGCCUCAAACCAGGCGUCAAUAGCGGCCCGGCCUCAAAAAAGUUGUUGGCAGCAAAGUCGCCUUUCAAGAAAAGUGCCACCACCACUAAACAUCCAUUCCAGAAGUCCAAUUCUUCAGGCAGCUUAUCAACAAAAUCGUCCAGCACCGCAGUGGUUGGUGGUAGCGGUUUGACAAAGAGUUUUAGCACAAAUUCAUUUGGGGAUUUGGUUGGCAGCACCAGUGGGUCUUCACGAAAAUCGAUGAAAAAGUCUGCCAGCGGCGCUUAUAGUAGCACAACACCAACCGUCACACAGCAAGUGACGCGCAUGGAUCAUCAGGCGGAUAUGUUGAAAAUAUUACAGUUUGCCUCACCUGCAAUGGCAGCCAAUAUGGAGGGCUUCAUGAAGGGACUUAACAGCAAAUUUCAAAUACCUAAACUUUCGCAACGCGGCACAAACACAAACACAGCCGCAAACGGCACACAAUCGGCACCCACGACACCCACUGUGCUGUCGCCAACGUUAAGCGCUGCUGCUGGCUUAGCAGACAGUAGGGGUGGUGUUAGUAACACAAUCAGUACAAAGGGUAAUAACCAUGUCAAUGAAGCCCUACAACAGCCACCAGCGCAAAAUCAGCUUAACAAUUCGGCCUCUACUAUGCGCUCGUCUCCGUUACAUUAUUACGGCACAUCGUCAUCGCCACCAAUUGGUUUCCAACAAACUGCUGCUAACGCUAUGCAAUCGAAUGCAAAUUACUACUCACAACAAAAAACAGAAGGUAUGCAAGCAAUGCAAUCACGGCAAUACACCCCCGCAAAUCAUCAUCGCCAGCUACAGCAGCAGCAGCAGCAACAGCAUUUCCACCAACAACAAUCACACUAUCAACCGCAAGCGCCAGAACAGCCGACAGUGACGGUUGAUUAUCAUCAAGUAAGCGCUGUCGGUCGCGCGCGCACUCAAAUUGGGGAGGAGACAGCGUUUAGAUCCAGCGAUGCUGCUGCUGCCGCUGCCGCUGCGGCGUCGACUGGACUCGCCGGUAAAUGACAUACAUUGCUAAUUUUCGUCCUAUACAUACAUAUAUUUAUAUUCGAUAAGUAUUUAAGUUUAAUAUUGUCCUAAUAAUUUUUUAUGUUGGGGGGCAGGUUGAAGCUACUAGAAAGCAAAUCCGUUGGUAUUUUUAAGUUUCGCGCAUUUCUGAUUUAUAAAA